AUGGGUCACGCGGCGGGUCGGACCGGCCGCCUGCGAGCUUUGUCCGUAACGCAUUCCGAAAUCAAACGCGGCGGAAGCGUGGCCGCGUCCAUCAAGCGACACGGGCAUCACGAGUCCCUCGAGUCCCUCGAGCUGGUCCGUUGCUUCCCCGUCGAGCUCCGCGUGAUUUCGGGCUUCAGAAUGCUGACCGCUCUGGAACCGCGUGAUUUCGAUUCGGAUAACGAUAUAUAA